UUGUUUUCUUUUUUUUUCAUCUUGAGUUUGAGUAUCAAAUGAUAACAAAUAAGUUUAGUGCUAUACAACGUCGUGUAUUGUCGACUACGUUUAUUUGUAGAGUGAAUAAACAAUUUUUUAAAUCAAUAAAUAUGGACCAAAAUUAUCCAAAGAAAAAUGAAGACAGAAUGUUAAAACAUCUCUUCGAUGGUUCCGACUGGAAUGUUUACGAUAAAAAUAUUACAAACUUGGGUGUGGGUGCACCAGGUCCUGAUAUAUUAGUUAAAUGCUGUGAUAUAUUUGAAAAGGCUACAAGUCAUAGAAUGAAACUAGAAACUACCAAUCAAGGAAUGUUAUUUCAAUAUGGACCAACUGUUGGAGUGAUAGAGGUGCGUUCGGGAAUAGCUAAAUUUUUGACAGAUGCUUAUAAAUCUGAGGUGAAGAGUGAGGACAUAAUUGUUACAACUGGAGCUACGCAAGGAUUGCAUAUAAUUCUAUCAACUCUCAUAGAUUUAAAUGGCUAUAUUUUUGUCGAUGAGGUUACCUACAUGAUUGCACUGGAUGUAUUUCGACAAUUUAGCACUUUAAAAAUUGUACCUGUUAAAUUAAACAGUGAUGGAGUUGGUAUCAAGGCUUUACGAGCUUUCUUAGAGCAAAAACAAUUUAAGUCAGAAACGAAAAGUUUCUGGGGACUUUAUUAUGCCAUUCCAACUUAUCACAAUCCAACAGGAAUAACAUUUUCGAAAGAUGUUUUAAAAAACCUUAUAACCCUUGCUCGAGAAUUCGACAUUUUGAUUGCAUGUGAUGAUGUUUACAAUACUCUAUAUUAUGGAGAGAAUGUUGCUCAGAAACGCCUUUAUGCAUACGACGAUCCAAAUGAUGACGAUUUUAAGGGAAAUGUUAUUUCAAAUGGAAGUUUUUCGAAAAUCAUUGGACCUGGAUUGCGUUUUGGAUGGCUUGAGGUGCCUCCAAGAUGCAAAUCUAUAUUGGAGACUUGUGGUCUUUUAAAUAGUGGUGGUUGUUUAAAUAACUACACUUCCGGUAUAAUGGCCAGCUUGUUGGACUUAGGCUUAGGACAAGCACAUGCUAAAAUGGUAAAAGAACUCUAUGAAGAACGAAUGUUGGCAACUUGUGAUAUCUUGAGAAAUAAUCUACCAAAAUCCUGCCAAUUCAUUGAACCCCAAGGAGGAUACUUUGUGUGGAUUCAAAUGCCUGAAGAUACUGAUGCAAAUGCAUUUCUUCAAAUAUGCAUAAAAAGGCAUAAAUUAUUUUUUAUUCCUGGCAAUCGGUUUUCACUUGAUAAUAAUUUUAAAAAUUGUUUUCGUAUUUCGAUAGCUUUUCAUCAAAAAGAAGUUAUACAAAGUUCUGUGAGACGAAUUUGCAAUGCAUUGAAAGAGUAUUUGAAUUUGUGAUUUGAUGCAUUUAUAGUUUAACUAUAUACUUUUUAAUUUUGUUAACGCAUAGAUACA